CAAUUUCUGUACUUACAUUCAAAAGUUUAUUUAUUAUCAAGAAAUAACAAUCUCACUUACAUAUACAUAGAUAAUGUCGAACUUAUCCUUUGCUCAAACUUAUAUACUUGCUUCUAAGGUAAGAUCAAAGUUAACUAAAGAAGCUGCAAAUCCAAAAUCUUCAUUAAGAAAUUUGGUUACACAAGCAAAUAUGUUAGAUAAUCUUAUGGAUUAUAUAACUGAAGAGACCGAAAAAAGAUCAAAGACAUCUACUGUUAAAUUUGAUAUUACUGCCAGAAAUUCUAGAACUACUACUACUCAUACUUCGACUUUAGUCAAAGAAAUUGAACUCGAUGAGGAUGAAUCUGAAGAUGAUUCUGAAGAUGAAUACGAUGAAGAUUAUGCUGUUUUAGAUGAACAAGAAGUCGAUGAAGAGGAGUCAUCUUCUGAUGAUGAUGAUUACUACUAUUAUUCAGAUGAAGAAGAACCUGAAUCUGAAGAACUAAUUUCUAAAAUUCCAACUCCUUCUUACAAACAAUUACCAUUCAUUGACUUAUCACUCUCAAAUAUUCCAGAGGAAGACGAAGAAACUUCACAAGUACCAGAAUUAUCCCAUUCUAGAAGCCUUAGUGAUAGUGAAAGUGAAGAUAGCGAGGAUGAUGAGCAUCAUUUAAGAACUACAGUUUUGGAACCAUCCAAUUUGAACUUGAAUUUACAUUCGUUAGAUUCAAAACAAUUCCAACAAAAGCAUCAUGAAAUCUUCACUAUAAACCAUCCAACCAGUCAUCAAAGAAAUAGUGCAAUCUAUAGUAUAGAGAGUGUCUUCUAAAUGCCAUUUCGUGCUUUGUUAUUUCUUGCUUCUUAACGACGUUUAUGACUUAUGAUUGAUUGGAACUAUUUAUUAGAGAUUCAUGAUACGGGAUUUUCACUUCGGCUGUAUAUACUUUAAAUCAUUUUCUUUCUUUAUUUAUUUAUUUAGACAAUAUAACUAUACACUAAAUUAUCAUUUGUAAA